CUCCAUUGGUAAUUGGAUACACAAGAAGCCAACUCAACAAACUAUAUAACGGCGUCUCAACCACUCAUCCAAUCCAAGAACUACCAGUCUAAAUUUCUCAACCACCAGAUAAUGAAUCUUUUUUAAAUACCCAUCUACUGCUUAGACCUCGGCUUGUAAGAAUCAGACAUGUCUAUGGCUGACUCAGUAGAUUACACCUCAAAUGAAACUACUAGUACUCAGGAUUCUAAAGAAGGUGUAAAAAGUCAAGAUUCUAGGCCUGAGUUCUCUGAAGAUGAGGAGAGUCUCAUUGCUAGAAUGUUCAGUUUGGUUGGAGAAAGGUGGUCACUAAUUGCUGGGAGAAUACCAGGAAGAACAGCAGAAGAGAUAGAAAAGUACUGGACUUCAAAAUACAGUUCAUCAAGUGAAAGAUGAAAUUUCAAUAAAGCAGACAAAUUUGGAUAAUUAAACUAAUGGGUUUUUGUUUUUGUCUGAAACUGUUUAAGAUGGAUCUCUUUAAGCUCUCUCAAACUUAUUAAUUAAUCGGUUGAUGUACUUGUUCAUGACUCCACCACAGAGUGGGGUUUAGUUUUAGAUUUGAAGAUGUUGAAUUAUUCAAGUAGUUUCUUCAUUUUGGUUGUGGAGUUAUUUGAACAUUACUACCUUAAUUUCUACAAACCAUUGACAA